UUGAAGGUCGAAGUCAGACUAUUAGAGUGGAGAGCUGUGCAUAUAUCACCUAUUCAUUUUAUAAAUUUCUAAGUGAGGAAGCUCAGAUUCAACAAGGUAUAGGACAUGAACGAAUUUGUGUUAGAACAAGGACAAGAACUGGGUCAUGAUCAUAUUGGCAGUUGCCUAUGGAUGUGAGGAUAAGGAAGUUGCCAUCCAUUGUUCUGGUCUCCAGCUCCUAGUUCAGUGCCUGCAUAGAGUACCUGCUUUAUGAGCACUGACUGAAUGAAUGCAUGAACCGUCUGACUGCAUUUUAUAUUCCCCGUUAACCAGCCCAACUUGCACACUGUCCAUUUCGGACCUACUUAACCUAAGUAAUAAGAUGAGGGUUCUUUCUACUGGCUAUGACUAACACUUUUGUUCCUCUGAAAUAUUGCUUCCUCUUUGUUGAGAUACCAGGACAAACAUCAUCAUGUUCACAGGACAUGUGGGGUGUGGUAUGACAAACAACUGGGGCUUCUUUUGAUGUGACUGAAGAUUUAGCAGCGUCAGUACAGACAUCAUUGGUAGUCAGACACCCUCAAGUGUGGUCUGGCAAUCAGCAGAAGUAGCUUCCAUUCAUGUGAUUGUGGAGGAAAGAGACAGUUGGAGGAAACACUUAGUUCAUCUGGAGAGUUCAAACUGUGCCUAAACAGAGUCAUCCUCUGACUCUUCCUCUGAAGAGCCCAUGUUUUCACAUCUUUCUUUUCAUGGUAUCCUGUUAUUGCUGCUGCUGCUGCUUCUUACAAGGUCUUCAGAAGGGGAAUACAUAGUUGAGGUGGGUCAGGAUGCCAGUUUGCCCUGCAACUACAAACCCAUCUCUUCAGGGAGUCUUGUGCCUGUGUGCUGGGGCAAGGAGUCCUGUCCUGUAUUUGGAUGUAAGGAUUUGGUGCUCAGCACUGAUGAAACGAAUGUGAAAGAUCAGAAAUCCAGCAGAUACCAGCUAAAGGGGAAUUUCCACAAAGGUGAUGUGUCCCUGACCAUAGUGAAUGUGACUCCAGCUGACAGUGGGACCUAUUGUUGUCGGAUCCAAUUUGUAGGACCAAUGAAUGAUUACAAACUAAAUGUGGAGUUGAUCAUCAAGCCAGCCAAGGUCAACCCAGCUCCAACUGCCCAGAGAGAUGUUACUACAGUUCUUCCAAGGAUGCUUACCACCGAGGGACAUGGCUCAGUGGAGACACAGACCCUGGGGACCUUCCAUGAUAAAAAUCAAACACAGAUAUCCACAUUUGCUGAUGAGUUCCAAAGCUUUGGAGCAACCACCAGAAGAGGCCUCUAUAUUGGAGUAGGAAUCUCUGCUGGGUUGGCUGUUAUGCUUAUCUUUAGUGCUUUAAUUCUCAAAUGGUAUUCUCAUAGGAAAAAGAAAUUACAGAAUUCAAGUCUCAUCACGUUGGCCAACCCCCGUCCCUCAGGGUUGGCAAAUGCAGCAGCAGACAGGAUGCGCUCAGAGGAGAACAUCUACAUCAUUGAGGAAAACAUAUAUGAGAUGGAGGACCCGAAUGAGGACUACUGCUAUAUCAGCAGUGAGCAGCAAUACUGACCACCUCUGGGUUCUCACCUUUUUAUGCCAUUGAAUCCAGCACCUUCAUUUUUGACCUUGGUGUUGUUGUUUUUUUCAAAACUGAGACGUGUCAGCUAACUGGUUUUACAGGUUCUGUCCAGGGGCACCAAGAAGAGUGUUCCUCUUUUCUGGAGAUAAUUAGCUCACAUUGGGGUUCAACCGUGACCUUUGCUGUACAUCAUUACCUCUGUAUCCCAGCUAACAGGGGUAUCCAACCCAGAGACUGCCAAUCAUGGGCAUUAGACUUCAAAUGUACUUUUAUGCACAUUAGGGAUUCUUGAUAUGAAAUCUUUCCAAGAAAUUCAGGCUUAUGAUGUGACUGUGAAGCUCCUGAGAAUGUAGAGUAUACUGUGUGUCGAGACAUGUGCUUUUCUUCUCCGGUACAGAUAGUCUAAAGGGGCACUGAUUUUCAUGGAGGUCUGUAAUCCUUAAAAAGGUACAAUAAGCCAAAUGUUGUGGUACAUACCUGUAAUCCCAGCAAUUUGGGAGAUUGAGGCAAGAGGAUUCCAAGUUGGUGGCCAGCUUC